AUGGCAGGCAGUGGCGGCUGUUUCUCUCCUGAUACACCCGAACCCGCAGCUGCUGUCUGGUGUGUUAAUAAUACACACUUGCGUUCUAUCGGCUGCCCGUCCCUACAGAGCACGCAAGCAGGCGGAACCCUUCCUCUUCCGCCAUCAAGAGCAGCAGUUGCCGUAGGAGUAUUAGCAGCAACAAAUCAGCAACCUGGUGGUGCUCCUGGCCGAGAACCACCCUCUCCCCCCGACUGCAAUCGAUCUGGGGAGGAGCCUCCAGAGGAGACAGAGUGGGAGACGGAUGUUUGCAACGAGCCGUUUGUGGGACCGCAGAUUCCCCUCGAAGAGCUUGCCGCUGAAUUUAUUCAGGGCAGCAACGCGCACAGGAAGAUCCUGCAUCUCGUCUCGCUGGCAAAACACCAGCAACAAGAGCAGCAGCAGCACCAGCAAGGAGUAACCAAGAUGAGGCGAAUACGGCGGGACGGGUGCUGCUUUUAUCGUGCUUUUCUUUUCGGCCUCUUUGAGAGGCUGCUACACCAUCCAGCUGAGGCUGCAGCCCUUCGGCAGCGCGUGCAGAACGUCAUUGUUCCUAGAAUACUCGAGGCAGGAUACCAACGAGAUGUGAUAGAUGAAUUCGUCGAGGAGAUGCUGGGGGCUUUGGAUGUCUUGAGCCAGCCUGGUGCUUCUCUUAAAGAGGUGGAGGAGAUCUUCAAUUCGACUGGGCCUAGCAACUACCUCGUUGUCUUUGCGAGACUUGCGGCAGGAUCAGAGAUUCGUCAGAGAAGCUCAUUGUUUCUUCCUUUUCUCUCGGGGCACGCGUCGGCUGAAGAAUUCUGUGCGAAAGAAGUGGAGCCUAUGUGGGUAUGUGCAGAACAGCCGCAGAUACUGGCGCUGGUGAUGGCCCUUGAAUCUUCCGUCGAGAUCCUCUAUGUCGACCAAAGUGCAGGAAACGAACCAGCUCGCCACAUUCUCCCCGAGUCCUCCUCUCCGGCUGUCAAGCUUCUGUACCGGCCUGGACACUAUGACCUCCUCAAGUGCGCUUCUCUAAGGCUCGGCGACCUAGCCAUUUCCAAGCCGCUGAGUAGGAACUAUCCCGUUUUCGCCCAAGUUAGCUGGCACCUCGCUUGGCAUGGCUGCCUAGAUAUGAAGAGGGAAUAUGAAGCUGGCGGAACAGUGCCCUGGACUUCAGGCUGUUCAGCGCCUGCGGUGUAUAGUCACCCCCCAACCGUCGCAUUGUUUGCAUUGAACAGUUUGGAAAAUCCGCAAAAGGACAUACAUUGUGUGACCCCUUUCUAG